GCAUGCACCACAACAACAACCAAAACCAACACAACAACAACACAACAACCAGCACAGAAACCACCGCCACACCAAGCACAACAACCAGCACAAACAGAGCAAGGACAUAA